UCUUCUUGGGGGUGCUGGGAGCCGGGAAGACCCCCCGAAUCGUUCCCAUUGAGCUGCCCUUCGUCUUCGCUUUCUUCACUUUUGCCUGUUCUGCAUUGCCAACACCACCUGGUUGCGAGGCUGAGAGAAAGCCCGAUCUAGGCGCGUGUCGACCUCCCGAUCCAAGAAGAUUUGCUUGGGUGGAGGGAAGGGGGAGGGCCCGGGCAAACCGUUGCUGCUUCAGCCCGGGCCGGGGUCCGGGGACGGGGAGCUCCUGGCGCCCCGUGGAUUCGCGGCCUGCGACGGUACCCGCAGAGCUGUUCGCCGAUCCGGGCUCGCGGGAACCUGCCACCGGCGCCUCCCACCGCGGCCCACGCGGGUGGCGCGCGGAGGAGGGGGCGGGGGCAGCGGCUGCUGUAGCGGCCGAGACCUGGGCGGGCGGAGGAGUGUGACGGGCCUCGGGGCCGCUGUGGAUGGUGUCUAAAAUGAUCAUUGAAAACUUCGAGGCACUCAAGUCCUGGCUCAGCAAGACUCUCGAGCCCAUCUGUGAUGCAGAUCCAUCAGCCCUAGCAAAAUAUGUUCUUGCUUUGGUAAAGAAAGACAAAAGUGAAAAAGAGUUAAAGGCAUUAUGUAUUGAUCAACUGGAUGUAUUUCUUCAAAAAGAGACACAAAUAUUUGUGGAAAAACUUUUUGAUGCUGUGAAUACAAAGAGUUAUCUACCUCCUCCAGAGCAGCCAUCAUCAGGAAGCUUAAAGGUAGAAUUUUUUCAGCACCAAGAAAAAGAUAUAAAAAAAGAAGAGAUCACAAAGGAGGAAGAGCGAGAGAAGAAGUUUUCCAGAAGGCUAAAUCAUAGUCCUCCCCAGUCAAGUUCCCGAUACAGAGAAAAUAGAAGUCGUGAUGAGAGGAAAAAAGAUGAUCGUUCUCGGAAAAGAGAUUAUGACCGAAACCCUCCUCGAAGAGACUCCUACAGAGACCGGUACAAUCGAAGGCGAGGCCGAAGUCGCAGUUACAGCAGGAGUCGGAGUCGAAGUUGGAGUAAAGAGAGGCUUCGUGACAGGGACAGGGAUAGAAGCAGGACCAGAAGCAGAAGCAGGACACGAAGCCGGGAACGGGAUCUAGUAAAACCUAAAUACGACCUGGAUAGAACAGAUCCACUAGAAAACAAUUAUACUCCAGUCUCUUCGGUACCCAGUAUAUCAUCUGGUCACUACCCUGUACCUACUUUGAGCAGCACUAUUACAGUAAUUGCUCCUACUCAUCAUGGUAAUAACACUACCGAAAGUUGGUCUGAAUUUCAUGAAGACCAAGUGGACCAUAACUCGUAUGUAAGACCACCAAUGCCAAAGAAACGGUGUAGAGACUAUGAUGAAAAAGGUUUCUGUAUGAGAGGAGACAUGUGCCCUUUUGACCACGGAAGUGACCCUGUAGUUGUAGAAGAUGUGAAUCUUCCUGGCAUGCUGCCUUUCCCAGCACAACCUCCAGUUGUUGAAGGACCACCUCCUCCUGGACUCCCCCCACCUCCACCAAUUCUUACACCCCCACCUGUGAAUCUGAGACCCCCAGUGCCACCACCAGGCCCAUUACCACCCAGCCUUCCACCUGUCACAGAUGAUAUUUCUUAUUCUUUGGUUUUGACAGGACCACCACCUCCACUUCCUCCUUUGCAGCCAUCUGGCAUGGAUGCUCCCCCAAACUCCGCAACCAGUUCUGUUCCUACCGUAGUAACGACUGGCAUCCAUCACCAGCCUCCUCCUGCUCCACCCUCUCUUUUUACUGCAGUUUUUGUAUUACCAGAUACAUAUGACACAGACGGCUACAAUCCCGAAGCCCCAAGCAUAACAAACACUUCCAGACCUAUGUAUAGACACAGAGUGCACGCACAGAGGCCUAACUUGAUAGGACUGACGUCAGGGGAUAUGGAUUUGCCACCCAGAGAAAAGCCUCCUAAUAAAAGCAGCAUGAGGAUAGUAGUGGAUUCAGAAUCAAGGAAGAGAACCAUUGGUUCCGGGGAGCCUGGAGCUCCUACAAAGAAGACCUGGUUUGAUAAGCCAAAUUUUAAUAGAACAAACAGCCCAGGCUUCCAGAAAAAGGUUCAGUUUGGAAAUGAAAAUACCAAACUUGAACUUAGAAAAGUUCCUCCCGAAUUAAAUAAUAUCAGCAAACUUAAUGAACAUUUUAGUCGAUUUGGAACCUUGGUUAACUUACAGGUUGCUUAUAAUGGUGAUCCUGAAGGUGCCCUUAUCCAAUUUGCAACAUACGAAGAAGCAAAGAAAGCAAUAUCAAGUACUGAAGCAGUACUAAACAAUCGCUUUAUUAAGGUUUAUUGGCACAGAGAAGGAAGUACCCAGCAGUUACAAACUGCUUCUCCAAAGGUAAUGCAGCCCUUAGUCCAGCAGCCCAUUUUGCCUGUUGUGAAGCAGUCAGUCAAAGAGCGGUUGGGUCCAGUACCUUCAAAUACUAUUGAACCGGCAGAAGCCCAAAGUGCCAGUUCAGACCUUCCUCAGAAUGUAACUAAAUUAUCUGUGAAGGACAGGUUGGGUUUUGUAUCAAAGCCAUCUGUUUCAGCAACUGAAAAGGUGUUGUCUACAUCUACUGGCCUAACUAAAACAGUGUAUAAUCCAGCUGCUUUGAAGGCUGCACAGAAAACCUUACUUGUUUCCACCGCUGCAGUUGACAAUAAUGAAGCACAGAAAAAAAAACAGGAGGCAUUGAAACUUCAGCAGGAUGUAAGGAAAAGGAAACAAGAAAUUUUAGAAAAGCACAUUGAAACACAGAAGAUGUUGAUUUCAAAACUGGAGAAAAACAAAGCAAUGAAGUCUGAAGAUAAAGCGGAAAUAAUGAAAACUUUAGAAGUUUUGACAAAAAAUAUUACCAAGUUGAAAGAUGAGGUCAAAGCUGUUUCUCCUGGACGUUGUCUUCCAAAGAGUAUAAAAACCAAGACUCAGAUGCAGAAAGAAUUGCUUGAUACAGAACUGGAUUUAUAUAAGAAGAUGCAAGCUGGAGAAGAAGUCACUGAACUUAGGAGAAAGUAUACAGAAUUACAGCUGGAAGCUGCAAAACGAGGGAUUCUUUCAUCUGGUCGGGGUAGAGGAAUUCACUCAAGAGGUCGAGGUGCAGCUCAUGGCCGAGGCAGGGGUCGAGGUCGAGGUCGAAGUGUGCCUGGUCAUGCUGUGGUGGAUCAUCGUCCAAGGGCAUUGGAAAUUUCUGCAUUUACAGAGAGUGAUAGAGAAGAUCUUCUUCCUCAUUUUGCGCAAUAUGGUGAAAUUGAAGAUUGUCAGAUUGAUGACUCUUCACUUCAUGCAGUAAUUACAUUCAAGACAAGAGCAGAAGCUGAAGCAGCUGCAGUUCAUGGAGCUCGUUUCAAAGGGCAGGAUCUAAAACUGGCAUGGAAUAAACCAAUAACUAAUAUGUCAGCUGUUGAAACAGAAGAAGUUGAACCUGAUGAAGAGGAACAGAGCGAGAUCAUCAUUGCCUGAAUUUAGCUUUGUGACUACAACAGCAAGACCUGUUCCUGUCUGGAGACGACUGUUAUAAUAUCAUCCUAUCAUUUUAUGUUUGCUCUUUAUCAAUUUGAAUAGAUGUUUACAUGUACGAUAAUUCGCAUUUUGUCUUUUCGCAGUUCUCUAAUUGGUACAUCUGAGUCCAGAAGUAUGUCUGAGUGUGUGCUUUGUCUGACCUUAUUCUUAAACGUCUUCUCCCCUUACUUUAUAUCCAUUUAUUUUUUAAACACUAAGGAAAAAGACCUCUUGGUUUCCUAAUAUGAGAUAAGUUCAGUCUCAGCCAAGUUGAAAAUUGUGUCUAGGAAAUCUAUAAAGCCAUGAUAUUGUGUUCAUUAGCAUGAACAGUUUAGAAUGAAGAAAAUGAUUAAAAAGUUAAGCAUGGGUUUGGUUUUAAUAUCUCUGGGUUUUAGGAUACAUUUCUGGGAUUAGUAGAGUCACUUAAAUAGUUUUGAACAGAUGCGAAAAUACUUUUUUAUACACUAUAAUAACUUGCCUAUUUCUUCUAAAUAUACUUACUGAAGUUGUUGCCAAGGCCACUUACCCAAGUAAUAUUUUUAAAAAAUUUCUUAGCUCUUCAAAACCAACAAAGAGAAUAAUUUUCUUUCCUUUCAAGUAAUACAGGAUGAUCUGUGGAUUAUAAAUAUUGAGAAAUAUCUAUUAAAUGUCUGAUUUACACAGUUUUUCCAUAUUUUCAUAACUUGCAAUCAAGACAUCAGAGACAAUCUUAAAAGCAAGGGGAAAUUGUGUUGUAUGUUUAACAUUGUUAAAGAUUAUAGUUUUCCUGUCUUAAAAGAUGUAUGUCCAUAUUUAUUUAUAAGCAGUGUGGCUCAGAAUUAUUUAUAAAGAGUAUGAUUAAAUCUUAUCCUAAAUAUUCACCCAAAAUACCUUUUUUGUAAUGGGCACCAUAUAAAGAAGUUUUCAGAAAAUUAAUUUAUGAAUAUUUCUUCACAGAUUCUCAUGAGGCAUUUGAGAAGUUUGGAAGUUGUACUUAGUAGCAACUCUUUAUUAGAAAAGUCAAAAUUACACUUGAUUUCUGUUUGCCCUUGGUUUUUUUUUUUUUUUUAGUUUCAUUCAGCUGUGCUCAUAUUUUCAUAUUUUUUGUGCCAAGUUGACUAUUCUGCAAACACUUCUUUUUGAGUAUGCAAUGCAUUUGUCUUCAUGAAAAAUAAAAAGAAUGAACAUAUCAGUCAUAAUGUAAAUGAUCUGUUUUGAUCCACAUUAGUUGACAACAGCUUCCUGAAUAUUAGGCUUGGUUUAAGGGAAGAGUACAUAUUUCAGAAAGUCUUCUAAUAUAAUUAUGACUUGAUAGUCUGCAGGGCAUUUUUAAAAUUAGACUUUUGUUUUAGUUCACAUUUGCAAACUAACAUAUGGCCACAAGGAGUUCAGAGACAUUUUCCCAGAUUAGUUCAGUAUUUUUUUUUCCUUUUUAAGAAAGAAGAUUCUUUUUCCCUGUGCUAGUGAUUUGCUUGCUAGGUUAGAAGCCCAAAGUACGUAGUCUAAAGAGACCAUGCUUGUUAACAGUUUCAGUUGGUUCUUGGAUGUGGACCACAUACCAGCCCCCUCAACUUUACUUUGCCAUCUUUCUUUUUUCUUUCCCUUGCUUUUAAAUUAAAAACAAAAUAAAGCAGAACAAAAUUAAAUAUGCCAUUGGAAAUCAGAAGUCGAGAUGAUUUGAUUCUCAUUAAGAUCAUUGUGCUUUUUGAAAAUUUCUGUGCAAGCCAAUAGGUUGGUUACACAUUUAAAUUCCUCUAUGUUGAUUAAUUAAAGAUGAGGAUUUUCAUUAUUUCAUUUUCCUAAAUAGGAUUCUCAUGGAGCUGUGUGUAGAUAACUGUACAGAAUCACUUUUGUCUAAUUGAUUGAAGCGGUUUACCUCUGCAUGAUUGCAUUAUGGAAGCCUUUUAUAUAUCUUUAUAUUUUUCAAUAUUCUUAGAUUUUACACUAUUAGUGGCUCUAGUCAUGCUAUAUUUGUUUUUUUUAAAUAGAGUUUAUAAAUAUUUAUGCUCAAAAUACAGAUCAACUGAAUAUUUUUGAUCUUGUUUACAAGAUAAUACUUUAAAGUGAUGCAGCCCCUCAAGUGUCUUAGGAAAAAGUUAUUGGUGCUACAAAACCUUUCAAUAUCAUUUUUGAACCUGUUAUUUAGACUUGGCUAGGCUUUAAUAUAUGAUCACUUGUGACUUAUUCAAAUCUAGCAGCAUAAUUAUAAAAGUGGUCUGUGGUAAGUCAGGUAAAGAGCCCAGCCCAUUAGAAAAACCCCGUAAUUUAAAGAUACGAUACAGAAUGACAGUAUACUCAUUUGUGCCCAGCUUCCAAAAAAGGAAAUAGCCUUUUCAGUUUGUAAUUAGCUCUUUUGAUAAGAGAAUUUAAUCUGGCUAGAAUAAAAACAAUGAUACAUUCAGCAUGGCUCAGUUUUCCCGUAUUUCACAUGGAAAACUUUUCUAGUCCUAAACAUGGUGUAAUCCUGCUCUGCUUCAAAUUCCUAUCUGUCUUUUGCUGAACAGGAGGCAGGGUAGUUAUAAUUCUUAAAUAUUUAUAGAACAUUUGAUGAGUUGAAAAGAGAUGUAUUAUUUACAUUGAACAAGUUUUGCGUUGGUUGUGUAGAUUGUUUUCCACAUCUAUAAGACUCAUUCCAGCACCUUAGUGAAUGUUCUACAGAUACAAUUUUUAAGUAUCAGCAAAGCAUUCAUAGAUGCUUACUUUUGAUCCUCAGAAUCCUGAACCUGUUUUGGGUGUGUUAUUACUUCAGAACAUGUUAUCUGGCACAAGAUUUCCUUUAAUAAGUGGUUUAGUUGUACUCAAUUUCUGUGGAUUGUUGAACCUAAAAACACCAAAGGAGUCUUUUCUUGUCUGGAGACUGGAUUGUUCCAGUUUUUAAUACCUGUGCCCAUAAGUAUCCCAUUUCACGAAUGUGUGUUGGCAUGGGGAAAAAAUUCCCUGCUCUUUGAGUGGAGCGAAAGUAAUUGGUUAAGCUGUAGCAGCUUUUUUGUUUGUUUGUUUAUUUUUCAAAAUGAUAAUAAAACUUGAACUGAAAAAGGUAAAACUUGAACUAGAAAACUACUCUUGUAUGCUUAGAAUGUUUAUAGUGUUAUGUGUUUAUGUGGGGUUGUCAACAUUUUUAUUAUUUAUAGUUGAAUUAUGUUGUUUUGUUUGUUAAA